GGUGACAAAGUGCACAAAAAUAAUGUUAGGGGCUGGAGACAUGGCCCAGCGAUUAAAAGCCUGUACUACUUUUGCAGAAGACCUGAGUUCGGUUCCCACUACCCAUGGUGGGGGACUCACAACUGCCUGUAACUCCAGCUCCAGGGGAUCCAACGUCCGUAUCUGUGUUCCAUGGGCACUCACAUGCACAGACACACGCAGCUCCAGAUUUCUGUGGCUCCUCAAGAUAUCACUCAUGAUUCUAGGACUUGCCAUUGUUGUAUUUAUGUUCAGAAGUGUGUCCCUUCAAGCAAUGUUCCUUAGCUUCCAGCCAGAGUUCCCGAAGCCUGCGCCAGGUGGCCCCGUGCUGAAACUUCUCCCUGAGAAGCACCUGAGGGACCUCUUUACCUACGAUGGUGUCUGGCUCUUCCCUAAAAACCAGUGCGAUUGUGACUCUGGCCGUCUUCAAAAAAAACACAACUUUCAGGAUGCCUAUAACCAGAAGGACCUCCCAGCUGUGACUGCCAGGAGACAGGCAGAAUUUGGACACUACCAGAGGAGAAACGGGCUGCCUCGCACACCACCUAUCCUGGCUCCACCCAAUCUCCCCUUUGGAUACCCAGUCCACGGAGUGGAAGUGAUGCCCCUGCACACAAUUCUCAUCCCAGGUCUCCAGUAUGAAGGGCCAGAUGCCCCAGUCUAUGAGGUCACCCUAAGAGCGUCUCUGGGGACACUAAACACCCUUGCUGAUGUCCCAGACAGUGUGGUGCAGGGCAGAGGCCAGAAGCAGCUGACCAUUUCCACCAGUGACCGGAGGCUCCUGAAAUUCAUCCUUCAGCACGUGACAUACACCAGUACAGUGUACCAGCUCCACAAGGUGGACAUGGUGAGUCUGAAGUUCAAGUCCUCAGUGGCCAAGUUUCCAGUGACCAUCAACCAACCUGUUGUACCCAAGUUGUAUGACCCUGGACCUGAGAGGAAGCUCAGGAACCUGGUGACCAUUGCCACCAAGACGUUCCUCCGUCCCCACAAGCUUAAGAUCCUGCUGCAGAGUAUUCGAAAAUAUUACCCAGACUUAACCGUGAUUGUGGCCGAUGACAGCAAUGAGCCCCUGGAAAUUAAAGAUGACUAUGUGGAGUAUUACUUCAUGCCCUUUGGGAAGGGCUGGUUUGCUGGUAGGAACCUAGCCAUCUCACAGGUGACCACUAAGUAUGUCCUCUGGGUGGAUGAUGACUUUCUCUUCGACAACAAGACCAAGAUUGAGGAGCUGGUGGAUGUCCUGGAGAAAACUGAACUGGAUGUGGUGGGCGGCAGUGUGCAGGGAAAUGCGUUCCAGUUCAGGCUGUUUUUGGAACAGAGUGAGAACGGGGACUGUCUUCACCAGAGACAGGGAGGGUUCCAGGCCCUCGAUGGCUUCCCCAGAUGCGUGGUGACCAGUGGUGUUGUCAACUUCUUCUUGGCUCACACAGAACAACUCCGAAGAGUUGGUUUUGAUCCCCGCCUGCAACGCGUGGCUCAUUCAGAGUUCUUUGUUGAUGGGCUGGGAAGCCUGUUGGUGGGCUCCUGUCCAGAUGUGACCGUACAGCACCAAUCCCAUGCACCAUGGAAGGACCCAGAGGUGGCUGCCAGGGAGAAGUCUUAUAAUACAUACCGGACCAAUACCAAUGCUCAGGUCCAAUUCAAGCUAGCUCUCCACUACUUCAAGAACCGUCUUCAGUGCUCCACUUAAGGGUGCGAGGAACAGGAAACUCAAUAAACAAAACAGAUUGUCUUCAGCAACCAAAAAAAAAGUAGGACUGGCCAUUAGGGAUACGGAAGAAAGACUCCUAACAAGAGGAGCAGGGAGCAAACCAGCUGGUAGCUAGGCCGAUGAGAUAGGAAUAGCUCAGUUCCUGAGCUAUUCUGUUCAGAGACGUUAGAGAUGGGCCAGUCCCUGGUCAGGGCAGUGGAGCCGACGUAACAGUUAUUAAAUACGGUAUGCCCUCCCAUUUAUGGAGUACCCACACAGACAACAACUCAGUCCACUCACCUGCGCUCAUGAUAAGGAGGAUGCUGAUUGGUACCCUCCAUGAAGAGAAUGGCUGCUGGAGGCACGGAAUGCUCGGUGGGUAAAGCACUUUCUGCCAAGCCUGAGUUUGAUUCCUUGAGACCCCCAUGGGGGAAGGGGGGCAGUGACUCUAAUAUAACUGUCCUCUGACCUCUGUGGGUGUGUGCCCCCUCUUCCCACAUACCAUAAAUAAAUGCAAAAAUAAAAGUAGAUAAUGGCAUACACCUUUAAUGACAGCACUCAGGGAGCAGAAGCAGGCAGAUCUCUGGGAUUUCAAAGCCAGCCUGGUCUACACAAUGAGUUCCAGGACACCCAGGGCUACAUAGAGACCCUGUUUCAAACACGCACUCCGAGAUGAAACGGUGUGAUCAGAAACACCAUUCUAGCAUCACCAUCAUCCGCACAUCUUUGUUUGGUUUUUGUGUACAGCCGAUUCACAUGAAUAGCCAGUGUCCUUGCCUGGAGGAGUUGCAGCCUGGUUCAGACUGCGGUGCGCUGGUAGUCAGGGCUGCUGGCAGCUGACUGCUGUCAGAUGCUGCAUCUGGGGGCGGGGACAGGGCUGGACCGGUCAUACUGUGAAGCACAAUGGAACUUCUUUAUUCACUGUGUGGACAUUGAAUGCCAUUUAAGCAACAGUAAAAAAAUACCGACUUGACUGUGGUCCUAUCACAGGUCUGUGAUAGGGGCUGGGGUCUGUGAUGAAGUCUGUGACCUGUGGUGCCACCAAAGGCCAUGCCAAUCUGAGUGGCCUGCAAUGCCACCUGGGGCCAUGGUGACAUCUGGACCCAGGCUGCUACUGAGGGUAAUAACUGAGUCUGUGGUCCUACGACAGCCGGGGGUGGGGUAUGGUUUAUGCUGAUGCCUGUGGCCCCUAGUAGCACCAAUGGCCACACAGAUGCCGGGGGUCUGGGCUGCAACCUAUGGUCAUGUUGGUUUCUGAAGACCAUGCUGAUCUGGGUGGCCUGCACUGCCAUGGUGCACAGGGCCAUGGUGUUGUCUGGGCCUGGGCUGCUGCCUAGAACUAUGACCAGGCCCAUGGCCCAGCAGCAGCCAGGGUCUGAGUUGAUGUCCAUGGUUCCUAUUACCACUGAGGGCUGUGUGGAUGCUUGGGGUCUGUACAGCCACCUGAGACCAUGCUGGUGUCUGAGGGUCAUACUGAUCUGGGUGGCCUAUGCUGCCACAGGGGCCGUGGUGACAUCUGGAAGCAAACUGUUCCCAAGGGCCAUGUCUGGGGUCCAUGAACCUGCUGCGGCUGGAGUCUGAGAUGAUGUCCAUGGCUUCUAUUGCCACAGGGAGUCAGAAGAACCAUGUAUGUUACAACCGUGGGCCAGGUUGAGCUGGGAAAGCUGGCCUGCCCCUUGCUGGACAAUGUGGCAAGAGAGCUGGCCCUGCCCCUCAUGGGAGACCCCUCUCAGAAGAGAUGGCUCUACCCCUUACCAUGUGUGUGGGAGAGCUGUUCCAAUGGCAUGGGUCUAGGAAAGCUGGCUCUGUCCCUUGCUUGAGAGGGGUGGUCUCAGUGGCCCAGACAGACCAGCUCAGCUACUGGGUUGGCCCACCCUAACAUCUACCCCAGCUUAGACUUGCUGGGAUUCGUGAAGGGACUGGUCCUGCAGGAACUUAAUGACUCAGGGCAACAGCAGGGUAUCUAAGAGGAUUUCCGUGAGGGUGCAGUGACGAUGUGUGCCAGGGGCCUUGAACCAGACCAAACUCAUUGCAAUGAAUAUUUGUGGGUGGGGCGGAUUGGACAAAAGGGUGUACUGCCUGGCACACUGUAGCUCACAAUUCAUCUAGGAUGAAUGAAGAAAUGUUGGAAAGAUGGAGGAGCAAACUGGGUUUUUGUUUGAGUUGUUUUGUUCUUAAUUGAUUUUGGGGGGUUUCUGCUGGGAAUGUUGCACAGGUCAGGGGAGGAUAUGGAGAGACUGGGAGGUGAGCGGGAUUGGGGUACACGAUGUGAAAUUCCCAAAGACCUAAUAAAGAAUUAUGUUUUA